AUGGCCGCCGUGGGAGCCCCGCGCUUCUGCGGAGCCGCCCACGCCCCCGCCUGCGGCCUCCGGCGGCCCAGCGCCCGCAUCGCCCCCGGCGCGCGCGCGUCCAGGCUACGCAGUGCCGUCAGGGCGUCCAACAGUGCGACCGCGACGGAGGCCGCAGGCCUCAUCUUCGGCCUCGGGAACGACGGCGACUGGGACGACGCCAGCGUGGGGUACCCCGUCGUCAGGUACUUCCUCAACGACGAAGGAACGCGGUGGUUUCUGUGGUACACCGGGCGCAGCAAGGAGCAGGGGGGCGCGCUGGAGUCCGUGGACGCCGUAGCGCCCGGCGCCGGCUCGGUCGGGAUCGCGCGGAGCUCGGACGGCGUGAACUGGCUGCGCGGGGCCGGCGCGAUCUCUGGCGUGAAGGGCCCGAGCGGCGAGGAGGACGUCGGGGUCGUGUUCGCGCCGAACGCGGACGAGUGGUGGUCGCACGACACGAUGCACGUGACGACGCACGACGUGCAGGUGCUGUCGAGCGGGAGCGUGAACGGCGGGGAGGGAAUGUACUGGAUGUUCUACACGGGGGGCGACUUCGAGCCCGUCGACGUGGGCGCGGUGGGCCCGGAUGGGGCGGCCGUGGAGGGGCUGCGCAUGCGUCCAGGGCUCGCGCUGAGCCAGGACGGGCGGAACUGGGCGCGGAUCGAGGGCGAGCACCACUCCGGCGCCAUCUUCGACGCAGGCGACGCGGGGGAGUGGGACGAGCUCUUCGUGCGCGGCGCGCAGAUGUUCAAUGCGGGUCCGCGCGACAUGCGACUCUUCUACGCCGCCGCGGACCCCGCUACGGGCCGCUCGCGGAUCGGGGUGGCGACGUCGCCGACCGGCUUCGACUGGACGAAGAAGGGCAUUAUCUUCGAGGGCUCCGGCAACGCGUGGGACGCCAUGGGGCCGCGCCACCAGCAGGUGAUUCGUGACGCAGGGUCGAAGCAGUAUCUGAUGUUUUACGAGGGGGUGGCCGAGGACGGCACGACGGCGAUCGGGCUGGCGACGUCGAAGAACGGAAUGGACGGGUGGAAGGCGCUGCCGGAGCCCGUGCUGACCGCGGGCGCGGACGGUGAGUGCCCGCGGGGGGGCGAGGGGCCGCGGAGCUGA